AUGCCAUUCCACCAUGUGACAGCUGGCUUGUUGUACAAAGGCAACUACCUGAACCGCACACUCUCUGCUGGCAGUGACAGUGAACAGCUAGCAAAUAUCUCCGUGGAGGAACUGGAUGAAAUCCGUGAAGCUUUCCGGGUGCUGGACAGGGAUGGGAAUGGCUUUAUAUCCAAGCAGGAGCUGGGCAUGGCAAUGCGUUCCCUGGGGUACAUGCCCAGUGAGGUGGAGCUGGCCAUCAUCAUGCAGCGCCUUGACAUGGACGGGGAUGGCCAGGUUGAUUUUGAUGAAUUUAUGACUAUUCUGGGACCUAAGCUGGUAUCAUCAGAAGGCAGAGAUGGCUUUCUGGGAAAUACAAUAGACAGCAUAUUCUGGCAG